AUGGACGCCGACGGGGUGGCCGUCAGCGCCGACUUCUACCUCCGACUCGCCGGCGAUGGCAACCGAAUGAUGCAAAAGCAGAUACCUGUAGUGCAGUGCAGUGAAUCGCAAGAUGCGUUUGCAACCACUGGUGACCCGGAAGCACAUGUGGUGUCAGAGGAGACACAAGAAGUGCAGACUUUGGACACAGAGGUCGACGACAGAGACAGAGAUGAGACGGAAGGACCGGAAGAGGUGUCGAAAGAAGAAGAGGGCGGAGAGAGUGGUGUCGGAGAAGAGGAUGACAGAGAAGACAGCGUUGAUUGUGAACCGAUUGCCAGCACUAGUAAUUCGGGUGCUAAGAGUGUCUCCAAUGAGCGCCCAUUUGUGUGUUUUUGGCCAAAUUGUGGCAAACGAUUUGCACGAAAACAUAAUCUCAAAGAACACAAGAGUGCCGUCCAUUUGAAGCUUAAAAGAUUCAGGUGUGAUGUCGAGGGUUGUGGUCAACGAUUCGCUUAUAAAUCACAUCUCAUCCGACACAAACUCAAGCAUUCGGGAGAAAAGCCAUUCAAAUAUGAUUUCAGUGAUUGUGGUAAAUGUUUUGAACUAAAAUCAGACUUAAAUCGACACAAUACUGCCGUUCAUAUGAAGGAAAAGAGAUUUCAAUGCGAUUAUAAUGGAUGUGAGCGACGGUUUUCACUGAAACAGACUUUAAUUGAUCCACUCGAGAGAGAAGCCGUUUGUCUGCGAUGCAUGGAUUGCGACAAACGAUUCUCACUGAAAAUCAGUUUAAAAAUACACAAAAAUGCCGUUCAUUUGAAACUCAAACCAUUUGUUUGUGACCACAAAGAUUGUGGCAAAUGUUUCACUCAUCGGUCAAAUUUGAUAAGACAUGAACGCAAACAUUUGACGAACAAAUAA